AUGUCCCCCCGCAUGACGCGGUCGUCCCCCGUCUCGCAGAUCUGCUAUGGCAUCCUCGUCCUCAUAACCACGUUCUUCACCGCCAUCUUGUGCUCCCUGCACCUCUCCCAGGCCGUGCGCACCGCCCCGAACCGCUCGUACAUCAAGAACGUGAAUGCGGUCGUCAUCGGCGCCGCCUAUGUCAUCAUGCUGGUGCUGUCGCUGGCGUUCUGCCUGAAGCGGCGCAUCGCGGUGCACAGGCGGCUGCAGCGCAUCUCGAAGACGUUCCGCACGCUCGGUAAGAACGACGUCCCCGAGAGCGUCUUCUUGUACAUGCAGCAGGAGUACACGCGGGCGUGUCUCGUCGCAUACGAGGCGCGCCCGAAGGACGGCUUCCAGGAGGGCUGGGGCCGGCCGGGCACGAAGUACGCUGGGAUCCGCUUUCGCAGCGAGCUCCUCGCCACCGUGCGCAUCAUUGACCGCCUCGCGCACCUGGUCAUCCCGCGGCACCCGCCGCUGCGCCCGCACGCCCGCAUGAUGCACCAGUUCCGGUUCAUCCUCCCGCUGCUGAGCAAGGACGAGGACGGGCUCACGCCACUGCAUUACUACGACUCCGCGAUCCAACUCGCGCGGCAUGCGACAAGGGAGCCGACUGAACAGGAGUACGUCAUUGGGAUCCGCGCGGCAAGGGAUAUUGAGAGGACGCUGAAUGAGUGUCAUUUGGAGAUGGGCGAAGCCUCUUCCGUGGAUCUGAGCACCUAUGAUGAGAGGUAG